GCCGGAGGCGGGCGGGGGCCGGGGCUGCGCGGCGCCGCUGCCUGCCCUCCUGCCUGCCGGGCCCGCUGCGCCGUGCGGAGCUGCCGCGGUUUCCACCAUAUUCUCAUCAGACACUGCAAUGGGCCCUUCUCAGCUUGGCCUCAGGAUGCUGGUAUAGCAGCAGGCAGCUGUGAUCCAGAGGACCUGCGGUGGGACGUUGUUUCCCGCUGGGACAUCCUUCACCCCCUCUCUCUCAGUGGAAGCGAUGGAUGCCCACGUGGACCUCCUGACAGAGCUGCAGCUGCUGGAUAAGGUGCCCACACUGGAGAGGCUGCGGGCAGCCCAGAAGCGGAGGGCUCAGCAGCUGAAGAAAUGGGCACAGUAUGAGAAGGAGAUGCAGCACAAGAAGCGGAAGCAUGAAAAGAAGAGAAAUGCUGUUAACCGAAAGAAAGUGUCUUUUGAAGCCAGUGUUGCUCUGCUGGAAGCUUCUCUGAGGAACGACUUGGAGGAAGUGUGUUACUUGCUGAAGAGCAAUAUCAGCCCGGACCUGUGCAACGAAGAUGGAUUAACUGCACUGCAUCAGUGCUGCAUAGACAACUAUGAAGAGAUAGUCAAGCUUCUCCUCGACCACGGGGCCAAUGUCAACGCGAAGGACAACGAGCUGUGGACUCCAUUGCAUGCAGCAGCUACAUGUGGUCAUAUCAACCUGGUGAAGAUCCUCAUCCAGCAUGGAGCAGACUUGUUGGCAGUGAAUGCAGAUGGCAACAUGCCAUAUGACCUCUGUGAAGAUGAGCCAACUCUGGAUGUCAUUGAGACUUGCAUGGCCUAUCAAGGAAUUACACAGGAAAGGAUCAAUGAGAUGCGGGCUGCUCCAGAGCAGGUCAUGAUCUGUGACAUUCACGACAUACUUGCGACGGGACAAGACCUGAACAGGACUGAUGCCCAAGGUGCUACGCUGCUGCAUAUAGCCGCAGCCAAUGGUUAUCUGCAUGCAGCUGAAGUCCUCCUUGACCAGGGGGCAAGCCUGGAUGUUAAGGACUGGGACGGCUGGGAACCUCUUCAUGCUGCUGCUUUCUGGGGACAGAUGCAGAUGGCUGAGCUGCUUGUGUCCCAUGGGGCUAGUUUGAGUGCCAGGACAUCUUUGGACGAGAUGCCAAUAGAUCUGUGUGAAGAGGAGGAAUUCAAAGUAUUACUUCUGGAGUUGAAACACAAACACGAUGUGAUCAUGAAGUCUCAGAUGAGGCAUAAAUCCUCCCUGAGUCGAAGGACCUCCAGCACUGGCAGCCGGGGGAAGGUGGUGAGGAGGGCCAGCCUUUCGGACCGAACAAACCUCUACAGGAAGGAAUGCGAGAAAGAGGCCAUCGUCUGGCAGCAGCUGGGGGCAGCAGAAGAAGGAAGAAACUCUGGUCUCAUUGGAGAAAUUGGGGAGACUCGGCCUGACCAGGAGAAUACCGACCCUAAUUCAGUGCUGGAGAACUCUUCCCUUCUCCCGGAGUUAGCAAACAAAAGCACGCAGUGUGACUCUGAAAUCCCCCUCCAGAAUGGACUCAUGGCAUCUGCCAGCACUUACCAGUACACCUUUUCCAACGGGGACAUUUGGAGUAUGCACGCCGACCCUGACAGUAAUCCAGGCCACAUGCUGCCCUACGGCAACCCCGGGCUCCCUGACACACAGCAGUUCUGGGGUGCCUACAAGGAGCAUAACCAUCAAACGCUCUCCGAACUUAAGCGGCAGCGGGCUGCAGCCAAACUCCUCAAUCACCCUUUCCUCAGCACCCACUUCAGCAGUGGCAUGGGAGGAGUUGCCGAGAACGGGGGUGAGGCCAAGUCACACCUAAUCGCAUCCAGGACUUCUCCCUACAGCUCCAAUGGGACCUCAGUGUAUUACACAGUGUCCAGUGGUGAUCCACCCCUCUUGAAAUUCAAAGCUCCCAUGGAGGAAAUGGAAGAGAAGGUACAUGGGUGCUGCAGAAUUUCCUAGUCUCAUCUGUUUCUCGCCCCAGAGGAAACAAGAUGUGGGUGGGCUGGUUGGAUCCAUCGCGGUGGCCAGGUUGUUUGCAUUCCAAAGGGAGAAUUUGGUUAUGGACAUCCUGACUGCGAUGGCCUCGUUCAUCUUGAAUUGUACUUUACCCUGCCAAUUACUUCCAUUGCAGUUGAAUGAGUAAUGCAGGUGGAGCAAGGCUCUUAGGAGGGGAAGGGAUGUACAUCAUACUGAUGUACAAAGAGUUGCCCUAGCCUUGCUCCCUUGGGAAGAAAGUAUGGUGCACUGCCUCCCCAUCCUUGAGAAGUCAUGAGAUGCCUUGGAAUGAAGAAAGGAUCUGAAUUAAAAUCUUUGCAUCUGAGCCUCUUGCUGUAAGUCACCAAGCUUCUGGGAGGUGACAGUUCAGACCUGAAUUUUCUCUCUUGAGUGAUGCAUAUACCCUGGAGGGGAGAUCACCCCCCUACACGGGGUUUGCAAGAGUGGACAGAGCUGUUUUCCAUACAGCUGGAUCCAGCACUUACAGGGCCUGAGCAACAAGCAAGUGUAGAUGCUGGGCUUGCUUUAGGAAACUUGUAAGGUGUUACCGCCUUGCAGUGACAGCUCACCAUCAAAAACUGUUCCGGAUCCUGUUCUGCUCAUGUAAGCUCAUCACUGCAGACUGCCAUCAGGUUUUAAGCAGAACUUUUCCUGGAACAGGCUUCAUUCAAUAGGCUUUAAAAGUGAUGUUGCAAUAAGGGACCCUGGCAAUAGAAUUUUACUGCAAUAAAAUACUGACAAAGGUCUAUAUUGGGAUAAGUAAUUUAAAAAUCUUAUUUGUACUAUUUAGACUCUUAAUUUGUUAAAACUGAAAAGACUUUUGCUGAUCUCACUUUCCUAUUGAUUCUGUUUAUUUACUCUGUAUGCUCAACACAGAUACUAGGGGCAGUAUGCUUUGCGUUCCGAUUUUUCUGGAUUUCCAGAAACACAGGGCUCAGGAGGCUGAGGAGGAAAGGCUUGCCAACACUGAUCUAGAAACGUCAUGAAAGCCUUGCUAAUCUUCCUAGAUGUUACAACACUUGCAUUAACCUGCAGUCUUCGGCUGAUAAAUAAAUGUUAAAACAUGGCUGCGGCAGGUGAACAUUGCAGCAGGGCAGGCUAUUUUUUCUGUCUGGUUUUCUAGCUCCCGUGCUGAAGUUAUCAGUAGUGGUUAGUGGCAGAAGACUUAAAUACAUCUGUGUAUAAGGGAGUCACCCAGCGCCGUGCAGUACCUAGCAAAGGCGCUCUGCCGUGGCGUGGUUGGCACACCAACACCAACACAGUGUUCUAGCGUAGUUCACGUUAGCUCUGACAGACUGCCUGAGAAGCACCAGCACAGAACGACCUGGGGGGUUGGCACUGGCUCUUCAGCAAGGUAAGGCUUGGCAUACUUGGGGGAGGUGAAAGGAGAGUGCCCGUGGGAGACCGCUCUGAGGAGCUGGCCACAGUUGAGUUAACAAGUUGUAUCGAUAGACGUAACUAUAAAUCUUCAACCCUUUUUCUGCACAGAGGGGCCUACUGCACAUGUAACUAUUUGCCUGCAUGACUAUGUGUCCUCCCGGGCACUUUAAAUUCCAAACUCUGAAAACAUAAGCCUGUUUAGGUCUCUGUAAGCCUUCAGUGGAUUAAAUCCAGCUCACAUAGUUGUGCUUCAGCCUAGCAACAGCAAAUGUAGCUCCCACCAAUCUUCCUUUUAGCUGGCGGCUGUAAGACAUCAAUCUUACCCUUCACACGUACACUCCCCCUUUGGGAACCCUGACUGCCUUUCCUUUUUUCUAGGCUAUAAAAAGUUGACUUAGGCUGCCAGUCACUGCUGAGUACUACCCUCUGCUCCCCAUCAAAUCUAGUCCGAGCUGGAUUUUUUUUUUAUGAUACAGGACUCUGGGCUUCUCAUUCUCAGCUCCUCAAGGCAGCAGAGGCGUCACCGCCACAACCACGCUGUGCAGGAAACACUUUUGGACCUGUGAGGUUAUUACCAGGCUGACCAGGAAUGUGCUUUCUUGAACGCUGAAGAUACAGUUCUCUUCCUUCACCAGUUUUAGGAACAAAUUAGAAAACUAGCAGUUGAUUUUUUUUUUUUUUUAACCUCAGUUCAGUUAAAGGCAGGGGGUUGCUUCGUAUGUUUUGAAACAUUCAGAGAAGUUGGGCUUCCUCCAUUAUUGAAACGCUGAUGCUAAAUAUAAGACUAGAAAAUACUAUUGUCCUUGACUUAACCUUAAGGGAUUUUAAAAGUCUUUCUCUAGUAGAAUGAGGAUGAUUUGGUAACUGGACAGACUUCACUGCAUCUGUGUGUGGUUCACAGUGGGUAUUCUGAUUACCUCAAGAAUACUCUGGGAUAACGCCAAGUGUGGCCUGGGUAUUACUGAACAGGGAGAGAUGAUCUUUGAGAUGCUUCUCUUCUCCCGUGGUGGUGGUUAUUUCUCCACAUCCAUCCUAAUGAGAAUUCUGGACUCAGUGUAACAAAUUUUGGUGCUGCUAUCCACUAGGCUGUCAGUGGUGCAAGAUUUGGGCCCAGCUGAUGUCUACCCUCCCAGGGAAGGAGGAGUCAGGCCCUUUUCCUUCUCAGAGCAAUUUAGUGCUAUCAAGUGUAUCGAAUCCUACCUGACUCCAAGCAAGAGACGAGGAGACUGCUGAACGCAGUAGUGUUAAGUAGUUUGAGGCUUGCUUUAACUGAGAGUUGAUAAUACAUUAAAACUGUAGGAAGCCAGUCUAUUUUAGACAACCAGCGUUUAGUCCAUUGGUAUUUCACUCCGUUUAUAUGUAAAACUCCAGGAACUCAUCACUCUAGCUGUGAUCUUGAGCAAACCAACAAUUGAUUUACUGUUGGGCAAAAGAUAUUACAGAUUCUAGAUUACAAAACAUUCCCCUAAUUGGGCUUCAUAUUGUAAUUGUAAAAUUGGUUGUAGUACAGCUCUUCUGGCUUUAUUGCUGUAAGCUAACAUGCUCACUGAAGCCUAGUGGUGUCUGAUCAGAUGAAAUCGAUUCUUAUUCAGGCAAGAGAGUCAGCAAUGGACAAAAAUUCCAGGAUAUAUUUCACAGCCAUACCAAGUAUUUAUCUGCCACUGGCUUUGGGUUGAAGUUGCGUUGGAGUGGGACUUGCGAAGGCUGUUGAACAGUGACCUAGAAUGGAUUCGUGCGUAUGUAUUGGUGACAUUCUGGAUACAGUGGCCACUGCCUGUGGGCCCCUGGCGAAUACGAGCAGGGAAGGAGCUGGCAGUUCAUGCUGCAUGCAGAGUUGUUGGUUGUAGGCCUAGGAUGAGGAAUUCUGUAAAGUGGAUAUUUAACUUGCUUCUGGUAAGCUAUUUUGUAGAGGCAAAAGGGCUUUUGGAGGAAUAUUAAACACAUAGAUAUUCUUAUAUGUGCUUUGUAGGAGCCUACUUCUAGGAAUAUGGCUUUUUAUUAUAAAAUUUAGCAGUGUUACAACAAAUCUAUGUGUGUUAAAGGCCAUCCCAGUCGAGAGCUCUGAGGUAUAUAGCAGAAGGCACUUGGCUAUUUUAGUGGAUCUUAAUAUUGCUAAAAAGCUGUAGAAACUAGAAAUCAUAUUGUGAUAGCCAUAUCUAGCACUUGGCUUAUUAGAGGAGGAUUUGGGGGUUUUAUGCUAUACUCAGUGUUUUUAGGCUCAAUAAACAUCUAAGUACAGAUUCAAGGUCAGAUUAGGGUCCCAGUUCUGUUAGCAGUAAGCCAAAGGCUGUAGCUGUUCACACAGACUACGCAACAAUUUGAGAACGUGCCUGUAUUGACAGGUCUGUUGUAGGCAGAGCUGCACGUGAGAAUAACCCUUCUGCGUGCAAAAUCUUCCCGUAUGCCGAAGUCACACUGUUUCUAGCAUAACUGGUUGAUGAGAGCAGCUUUACUUUCCAGUUGAAAGACUUUUUCUAGAUGGGGGAAAAAAAACCCAAAAGGUGUGUCUCAGAAUAGUGCCUCAGCUUUACUGAGCUCAACCAAGAAAGUCCCAGCACUGAAAUGUGCUUAAGUACCACUGCUGGGAUCUGAGGUCAGACCUGGAUCUGUAUUUCACAUACCAAGGGAUGCGAUUUUAGCCCACUUAGUCUCGCUUCUGUGCUGCUCUUGAAUGUUAAACACCUCCCAGUUUUGGGAAGAACUGACUAGAUCUAGCUGAUGUGAUUCGGUACCAUCUUGCCAGUGUGGUUGAAGAACCACAUGGAUGAGGAACUCAUGGCAGGGAAGAAGAGCAUGGCAGGGCAGCAGCAGUGAUGAAUCAGUGCAAUACUCAGUGGAGGCAGCGAGUUCUCUAGUUUAUUGAGCAGGGUCUUGUUUAAUGGGGUUGAAAGCCCUUACAAACUCCCAAAUGGCGUUACAUCUUCUGCUUUGUGUCCUUUUGUUUUAACCUUGGAGCUCUGUUUACCCAAAUCUCUGCUUAAACUAAAUCAGCAAUAUCAUGAAAUAGGAAUAUCUUAACUGAGGAAGCAUUGGCACUGGCCUCCAGCGAGCCAUAGAUGAACUGUUGUCCAUCUGCGGGAAGGUGUUCUCCCUACAUCUGGGUAUCUCUGUGCCUUAUCGUACUUGCUAAAGGCAACUCAGUAACUAGUCUCUGGAAGGUUUGUGGUGACUAUACAGUGCUGUUCUUUAACUUGAAGACUAUUUUGCAAGGGGAUAGCAGUUCAGAGCAUACCAGAUUUUGAAGCUUUUAUUUGCUCUUUCAGUUUCUCUUGUGAUCACUGGUUCACUCUUCCUAAACACACAGAAGGAAAAUGAGCAGGGUCUUCAUUCUAAUUUAACAAAUCACGUUGACCUGCUUGGUUAUAGCAGUUCUCUACAGGGAGAGUCCAGAACACACUCGUCGUAGCGAGGUCCAGCCUCUUACUGCAGAACACAGCUAGUAGUUACAUUUUAAUUUUGUUUUGCCUGUGGCUGUACAACAGAACUUCUUGUCCCUGGUUGUUCUUCAGCUUUAUUCUGCUGGUUUCAUGUUGGCCACACUGGUAAUAGACUCCUCAGUUCCCCCACACUAUUUAAGUACCACUGGGUUCCUCAGGCAAUAUCUGCCAUGGCACGAUUAUGACCUAGAUUAUUUUGCAAUAUUUCAACUGCGGAAGCUGUAGUUAGAGGAGCCUCUGCUCAAGAUACCUGUUCCCAAAGCUACACUAUACGGGUUUUAAAACAGUGAGGGGGUGCAGCCUUAGUACUGCCACCUCUACAUCUUCAGCCUAUAGAUUGCCAUGUGCGACUGGACUGCAGUGGCGUCGGUAACCCUGGUACAGCUCGGUGGGACAGCUGCACGGACAGGAUAUUAACAAAUGAGGGCAAGCCUUCUGCAAUAAUUUGUAAUUCCAUCAAUCAGUAGUAAACAAUGUACAAAUAAAACUUGAUGAAAUGUAUUUUACGUGGAAAAAAAAAUAAUGUAAGAACUGUAUAUUGUAUUAGCAGCUUUGUGUAUAAAAUGGCAUUUUGGCAAUCAGAGUCUAAUAUAUUUAAAACUUUUUUUAAAGGAUAUUUGAUAUUGUAUGGAAUUGACUUUAUUGCUACUGUAAGUAUGAAAAGAUGGUUUCUUAACAUGUUGAAGCAAUGCAUAAAAUCUUAAAUUGUAUGUAAAAAUCAUGCCAAAACGGUAUGUCUGACAGUAUUAGGACCUGACUCAGCGUCUUUAAUAAAGAGAUUAAAUUUUUUUAAUUUAAAAAUUAUAUUAAAUUUCUUUUAAUAAUA